AUGAGUGAUAAUAAGAGUGAUGAAGUUUCUGAAAAAAUAUUGAAUGUUGCUAGAAAAAAUCCAAAAGGAAUAUCUGACAAAGAUAUGGCAGCCGCAGUGCCUGAACUAACUUCAGCUGAACUCGUAGCGGCGAUCAACAAAUUACUUCAGCAAGGGGUUUUCGAUUUAUAUAAUCAAGGGGGCUCUUUACUAUAUAGAUUGAAGAAUCAAAACUCCAAACAAGCAAUAAAAGGGGCUGAUAAUGAAGAAAAGGUUGUUUAUAAUUUAAUAGAGGAAGCUGGCAAUAAGGGAAUAUGGAUAAGAGACAUAAGAAUUAGAUCAAAUCUGGCUAAUACACAACUAACGAAAGUUUUAAAAAGCUUGGAAGGCAAGAAAGUUAUUAAAGCCGUCAAAUGUGUUAAUGCAUCCAAGAAAAAAGUUUAUAUGCUUUUUAAUUUAGAGCCUGAUAGAUCGGUAUCUGGUGGUGCAUGGUAUCAGGACCAGGAUUUUGAGUCUGAAUUUGUUGACAUUCUCAAUCGUCAGUGCUUGAGAUUCCUUCAACAAAGGGCUGAUAAAAUUAAAAAUAAUCCGAGAGGUCCCAUAGUCGGCCGUACACAGUCCUAUGCGACCGCUGCCGAGGUUCAGAAAUAUAUCACUGAUUUAGGUAUAAGUAAAGUUAAACUAGAAGUUGAAGAUGUUAUAACUAUUCUGAACACAUUAGUUUAUGAUGGGAAAGCUGAAAGUAAUGUGUAUCCCGACGGCAACAGAGUUUAUAGGGCUAUAGAAUCUCUCCUACCUCCGCCAGGUUUAGUUCAAGUACCAUGCGGAGUAUGCCCUCUCAUACAUAAAUGCAAUUCAACAGGAUUAAUAACACCUCAAGAAUGUAAAUAUAUGGAUGAGUGGCUUGAGCAAUAA